AUGCACAAGAGAAGUGCGAAACCAGACGGCACCAAUUGGCCCCAGGUCGUCGCCCAGUUCUUCGAGUCUUUGGAAAUGGCUGCGCCCCAAAUCACUGGCAGCGCAGCAGCCUCCAGUUUCAUCAGUCGUCAUGUACGGCUGCAAGAUCCAGCUACUAUCAACUCCGCUGUGUCAAAUUUGUUGUGCCGAUAUGCGGGUCUUGCCGAUUCCUCAGUCGUGUCACUCCAGGGUUGCGCGUUAGACCUCCAAGAGUUCUAUAUGGCCAAUAAGCAAUUCGUUAUCGGGCCUACAUUUGUUCGCGAGUUUCAUUCAACUUUGACAAGCAUCUACCUCUCCUCGCCAUUACUCCUGGAGCACACCUUUUUAGCUAUCUUGGGGGCGUUGAGCGAACCCCACCACCGCAAAUCGAUGGUAGACCAAGUUUAUGUAAAGAGGGGUGCCACAGGGCUAGAACAGCUCCGUACCACACACAUCAAUAGUAUUCAUGUUGCUGCUGGAAUACUUCUUUUGGGACAAUCCUUAGCAACCUUUGACAUAUUCACAACAUGUAUGGGGUCACAUAUGAUAUUGCGACACUCCCUCACUGGUGUGAAGCCAUGGUACCCGGCGCUUUGCAGGGAGGAGUGGCUUCAUUCCAUUACAGCAACGCCGGUGUUGAUGGAUACGGUUGAGUGUCUUGUCAAAAGACAGAUUCCAGUAAUCAGGUUCGCCCCGGAUCUGCACCGGGUUGAUCGAUUUGUCGGGAUUUGCUCUUCCUUUCUACCUAUUCUUUACGAACUUUGCGAUUUAAGCAACGCAGCUAGUAUGGCAGGCUCGGCAAGUGCAUAUGGGGAGGCAAGUGCAUAUGGGGACCCGGCUAUAUUUUUAGGGAUCGAGGAGAAAGUCCGGUCAUGGGAACCAACCAUCCCGUCAGGCUUCGCAGAGAAUUAUUUCGCGUCGGAGGUUUUGAUCAUGCUCACCCAGGCCCGGGUGUAUCGCCUCGCAGCACUACUGGUUAUUCAUCGUCUAAAAAACCCCUUUGGCGUCAAUGAUGAGAUUGCUGAGGUAUAUGCAAAUGCCAUUGUCAGUGACUUUAAGCAAUGCUCUACACAGCUGCAAGGCAAAACUACGAUGCAAAACACCAGUUUUCCCCUCCUUGUAGCCAUUCUAGAGGUUACCCGGGAAUGCGGGGACGAAAUUCUUGAAAUGAUACCUGGACCUGGAAUAUCUGUGGCCUACUUGACAAAAUUUGUCACCUUUGUGAAUUUCAUUAGAUCAGCUCGGGAGAAUGGCUUUAGAGGACUGUGGUUUGACUUGGUUCCUAAGGGUCCAGAGAUAUGCAUCUUACCAUGAUCGCCAAUUUUCAUAUAGCCGACAAAUUUUUGAAUUAUACUCAUUAAUGCUGCGGAUACUAAACUCGGUAGAGUGAUGCUCACAAUGAUAUCAAGAUGUCUUUUGAUCUAUGUGGAUCUGUCUCAGAAUGAAGCUCUUAAACUAGAGACGUGUUAAGAAAUGAGGCAAGGUUUUAGACCACUGUUCGAAGAGAUAUAUGAUAUGAUAGAGCCAUCAUCACUGAUAUGGCAUAACGGCUUAAGUAUUGGCCUAUAAAGCCUUGCUAUAGCAAUGGUCUCGUGACACUCGGAAGAGAAGCUGAAACCACCCCCGAGUAAAAUGAUUAAUGGCGGUUGCAUAACCUAGCUACAGGGCUUGAGAUGCUGCGGCGCGGGCAAGUCUCAGGCACCAAAUUAGUGUCAAAAUUAGUG